UUUGCAGUUCCAUCCUCAUGAUCAAAUUGUCGUCUGGAACAGAGCUAAAUCUCUCAUCUCGCGAGAGCACUUUGAUACCGCCGACUGAUGAGAUUGUCCAUCUACGUUGGAAAGAAGAGCCAGGGUACAUCCUUGUUGUGGAGAAGGAGGCUAUCUUCCAAACACUAUGCCACUCAGCCUUUGCGGACAACCGCUUCUCGGAAAAAAAAAGGUGUCAUUAUCACCGUUCGUCUGAGCCCUUCACCGUUUACUCUUUCUGGAAUGACACCACACCACAGGGGAAGGGGCAACCCGAUAUUGCUACACGUGGUCUAGUCCAUUUGCUCGGCCAGGAGCUGCCUUUGAGGAUCCCAAUCUUACUCUUGGUGGACGCUGAUGUCUAUGGUCUUGAAUUGCAUCGAUUCCAUAUCGAUCCCGACUCUCUGCUUCAUAUUUCCAAUAUGGAUUAUCGAAAGGCUCUGCACAUGCUCUCGCGUCUGGGUGAUCGUUUCCCAAGUGAUUGGAAGGAUGAACUUACUCGAUUGGUUUUAAUGCGUCGAAAAGCAGAAAUCGAAAUACUUUCUCAAGCCUCUCGUUUCUUUUCCACUAUGGCUCUGCCUGCGCCCCUCCGCAACUUGGCUCGUCGGAGGGACUGCGGGGAUCCUCCCGAUAAUCUUCCUGAUUCGUUUGCAGCGACAACGGGUUGUUUGUGGGAUACUGCUCGAUCUGGCCCAGCUCUGAUACCGUACUUGCUC